AUGGGCUGCAUCUACUCCAAAGGUACAGAUCCAGAUGAGCAUAUCAGAAAGCAGCAACCCAAGUCUUUGAACCGUCUUCUCUCCGUUUCCAAGAAAGAUGAGGUUGUAGCCGCCAUCCUCGAUGUUGCGAUCAAUGGCAGCCGUGCCAGCACACCGAGGUAUUAUUCUAAGAGACACAACAGCAGUUUUGCCGCCUUGCCUCAUUCACCGGAGGAGAGGGAGAAGAAAGUUGCGCCUUUGGCCGACAGGAAGCGGAGUGUCGGAGCACAUCCGAGACGAGCUACUGCGGCUGCUGGUGCGAAUGCAGAUGGUUUGGAAAGUGUCGGGGUUUCCAAUAAGAUAGAAGACAGUGCUGGUAUUGUUGAUGUCCCCAAUGGUUUUGCAAGAGAGCAUGCUGCAGCAGGCUGGCCUUCUUGGCUGGCGUCUGUGGCAGGGGAAGCAGUAAAGGGAUGGCUUCCUAGACGAGCAAAUUCCUUUGAAAAAUUAAACAAGAUUGGGCAAGGAACUUAUAGUACUGUCUAUCGAGCCCAUGAUCUUCUAACUGGUAAAAUUGUUGCACUCAAGAAAGUGCGAUUUGUUAAUAUGGAUCCAGAAAGUGUCCGCUUUAUGGCCAAGGAAAUUCAAAUUCUUCGUCGACUUGAUCACCCAAAUGUUAUGAAACUAGAAGGUAUAGUGACAUCGAGGAUGUCUGGCAACUUAUAUCUCGUAUUUGAGUAUAUGGAGCAUGAUCUAACUGGACUUGCAGCAAGGCCAGAUCUGAACUUCACUGAACCACAGGCCAAGUGUUAUAUGAAACAACUAUUUGAGGGCCUUGCGCACUGCCAUAGUCGUGGAGUUCUGCAUCGGGAUAUUAAGGGUUCAAAUCUAUUAAUUGACAGUAAUGGGAUACUCAAAAUAGCAGAUUUUGGUCUGGCAACAUUCUUUAAUUCUGAUCCAAAACAGCAGUUGACAAGUCGUGUAGUUACCUUGUGGUAUAGGCCUCCUGAGCUUUUGCUUGGUGCUACAACAUAUGGAGUUGCUGUUGAUUUGUGGAGUUCUGGUUGUAUUCUUGCAGAAUUACUUGCUGGGAAGCCCAUUAUGCCUGGUAGAACUGAGGUGGAACAACUACACAAGAUAUUCAAGCUUUGUGGCUCCCCAUCUGAUGAGUAUUGGAAUAAAUCGAAGCUUCAACAUGCAACUGUUUUUAAACCCCGACGUCAAUAUAAGCGUUGCAUUGCUGAGAACUUUAAGGAUUUCUCAUCAUCAGCUUUGGCUCUCAUGGAGAUUUUACUUGCUAUAGAACCUUCAAAAAGAGGGACUGCUUCCUCAGCCCUUAAGAGUGAAUUCUUUUUAACAAAGCCCUUUGCAUGUGAUCCUUCAAGUUUGCCUAAAUAUCCACCAAGCAAGGAGUAUGAUGCUAAACUCGCAGAUGAGGCAAAGAGGCAAAGAGCAGAAGUUGCCCAUGGACGAGUAUCUGAAUAUGGCAAACCAAGGAGAGUUGCCACCAAGGCAGUGCCAGUGCAAGAAGGAAAUGUAGAAAUGCAGAAGCGUCCAGUGAAGGUAAAUCCCAAAAGCAGCAGUGAGAAGUAUGAUGCCCAAGAUGACGGUGGAUCGGGGUUCCCAAUUGAACCUCCAGGAGGAACAUCACGAAUUGACUCAUCUCAUUCUGGAGUUCUGCAUCCAAAUGCAUUUGUUACUUCACACUGGAACAUGGUAGACCAUGAAGAGCUUCAACGCAUUCCUAGCUGUAUGUACAGUUCAACGCAGGUGCCCAAUGGUCCUAAGUUGAAUACACAGAGAUCAUACUGGGCUAGGCCAAUGGAUGCAGACUUCCUUGAUAUCACCGGUUCAUUAGAAACAAGAAGCAUUUCAUACUCCAAAUACAACAGGCUUGAUCUAGCUGAGCCUUCGGAGAAGCGUAGAUUUGAUAGGCCUGCCUCUGUUCAUAAGAAAGUCGACACAAUUGGAAACAAGGAUUCGGUGGUGGGUUACAAUACGCGAAUACGACGAAUACAAUACUCAGGUCCAUUGAUAACACAUGGAGGUAGCAUUGACGAUGUGCUCAAAGAACAUGAGAGGCAGAUUCAGCAAGCAGUUCGCAAAGCACGCAAGGAUAAAGCAGAGGAUCGACAUCGCUUUAAGACAGAGGUACAUCAUGUAAUUCCAAUACAAGGUAAAAUCAAAGCAAUCAAGGAUCAUUCGUCAUGGCAUGUUACUUAA